CGAUUUCAGGCGCUCGGCGUCAUUGUGGGCCUACACAGUUGGCAACGCAGUUGGGACCAGAAAGCACUGCAUCGGAAACAGGUGCCGACGCCGCCGAAGGAAUAACGAUGCCACACAUGCGAAUGCGAGGUGUGUACAUUCCUUCGUGGCAAGGUAGGGCCGGGAACCGCAGAUAGAGCUCAAUAGUAUCUCGAAAGAAGUAAAAGCAAUUCUCCGAGUUCGGUUUGCGAAUUGUACGACGUUCAAUGAACAAAGGGCCCUGUGCUCCUCUUUAGGAUUUGAGCAAUCAGAUUCGUCGAGCUACAAGUGCAGUCCGAAGGUUUCCCUUCGAAGAUUAGGGUUGUUUGUCUCAUGUUCGCUGUAUUGCGAGCGGUGUAGGCACGAGAGGAUCGUUCGAUCGAUUGGGAAACUGGAAUUUUCAGCUCAGUGAUCGUAGCUACGAUGCCACUCUAUGAUAUAGUGCUCAUGGUCAAGAAGGGCGUGGACAAGAAGAGUGUGGUGGAGCUUUUGUCUCGAUUAGGUCAGAGAGUUUAUGCAACGAGAGGCGUAAUCACGGACGUGAAAUCUUUCGGUCAUGUCAAUCUUGCCUACCCGAUAAAAAAACGUGAUGGUCGCCACCAGAAGGCUCAGAUGAUGCAAAUGACGAUGAUGGUGAAAACUAGCUUUGGUGAACAGUUGAGUUAUUUGAACCAAGACGAACGCCUCCUCAGAUGGCUUGUUGUGAAGAGUAGGGGUGAUGAAUGGCUCAGAGGUCCUUCAUCAUCGUAAGUAGAGAUUAUAUGUCGCGUAGAGGUCCUACACCGCCAAUAUCAGAUUGUUGAAUCUUAUCACAAUCUCGUGAAAUUCGCAAGAUGGGGAUCUCCACAACGAUUUCAUGGAUUUUGUACUAUCUUCAGGAGGAUAGAGAAGUCACCUCAGCUGAUAGUCGAAGAAUGAAAUUCCUCUCAAGCACUGCACAUUUCCUCAUGUGUACAAGCGGUAGCAAUGUUUUCAGUGGAGGACAAGUAGUGUGCCGGUUUUACCUCUAUUGUCAGGUCAGGCUCAUAUCUUUCGAGAAGUUGAACUUCGUCUCGAAAUCUGGUUCUCUCUCUCCAGGUAGACGAACCGUCCUGUCAUCACAUUGUUCAGCGUAUGAAUCUGACGAGAUGGACUUAUACAAUAACGUAUAUAUAAUUCUGCCAGCUCUGAGUUGAACUCUGUCUCCGUCUUUAACAAGAAAAAUCUCCUAUUUGCUCUAGGUGCUUGCUUUGGACUGACGUUUUCAGAGGUGUGUGUGUGGAUAUUUGUGAGGGAAAACCGUUAACCUUAAAAGACUCGGACGACAAGAAAUGAUCAAACGCGGAUCAAUUGGAGACGUUACCAUCGUGACUGUUCUGAGUACCUUCCCUGUGGUGGUGCCACCUGAUCAGGCUCCCCAGCACCUGUGUACAUCCAUCUGCAUCAACAAGAGUGGAAGAACUGAAAUUGUUCACGUUGUGUCCAUCCUCAGCUCCUCCACCCAAGUAGGUGCGGCCGGAUGUAGUUUGGGCAAGCACUCUGCUUUUAAGAUGUUUGAGUUCAUGUGAUGUCCAACUUUCAGGCCAUCUCUGAAUUCAAAAUCUAUGGGCCGCCACCAAGAGUGCAUAAACUGAAGGACUUGUGCGUGUUAGAGAACCGAUUGACUGGCGGGAUCAGUAGUCAGAUCAAUGAAGUAGGAACAGGUUCAUCGUCCAGCGGCUGAAGAGUCACUCUUAUCAUGGAAGGCGCAGUUUUUUUGUGGAAAAGUGACGCCCUCGUGCCGAGUACUCCCGAAGUGGCACUUAUUCUUCAUCUUAUAUGAACUCGUAGGAUGCUCAUGCGAUCUAAAAGUAGAAGCAUGGUCUUCUUCCAGGGCCGGAGAAUCUUAACUGGGGUUAGUAUUUUCAAAUAAUUCUUGAAGCUCAUAAAUUUUUCGACAUUUUGGGGAUCAAUACGAUGAGUACAGUCAGGGCUAGUGGAGGAAAGAUGGGGACAUGUAGCUUACACUCAAUAUUACAGAUGUCCUCUCGUGGAAGACAAAGCCUCAGGUUAGUUGCUACCCGCUUAUAACCUUAUGAAAUCAAUGAUAGGACGAAUUAUAGUACAAAGUUGGCGCCAGUCAGUAACAGAUGCGGACAAGUCGCAGGCACAUUCUAAUAUUUAAUAGAGUGGAACGCAAGUGUAUCUUAGCGUCAGUACCAUCAGGAAGAUGCGGGUUGUGGUUAAGACCGCGGAUGUGAGAUCUCUUCCAUGCGUUGCACGCACUUCAGGCAACUGGCUAGGACAAACCGAACUUUUCCCUUAACGAGUAUAUCCGAAUUUGCACUUGGACGAGAGGAGCACUACUAAACGCAUGUCCGGACUCUCUAACUGAGCAAAGAUGCUUUCAGACAUCGCGGCUGAGUUGAGAUAGAAACUUCAGAAGUUGGAUGUAGCGCCGAAGUGGACUGAGGAACUGAACGUGGUGAGGUCGGCUAAUCUCAUGACUCGGCCUACUAGACUUACAAAUUGAUCAUCUUAUCACUCACUUUGGUCUUCUGCUUGUUCCUUUCCAGCGAGCAGUCGGUCAGUCAGGCCACCGUUCCACUUGUCGAAUGGGGGCACCGUCUCGAAAUUUAGAGGCCGUUUUUUGUCCUGGUCCCGUCCAUGUGCUCAUCAGAGUUCUUAGAGGAUUGUGGCUUGACAGUAGAUGGUCAUCUCAACCCACACGUCUCUUGAAACGAUGGAUCUCCUCUUCACCGCCGGCCAGCAGGGCGGCCAGAUCGUACAGGUCACGAGAUCUGAAAGUGAAAAGUCGUAUGCGUCCGCUGAAUAUCAUGGAGAAGGUUGACUCUGCUGUGAUAGACCGCCCUUUGGGAAGCCUAUGGAGAUUGGGCAUUUGACUCCUGUAGAGGCCUAUGGCGAUUCGAAGUGUAACGUGCAGGC